AUGGUCGACACUUCUGAAUUGCUUCUGUCGUUGGAUCACAUUAAGUACAGGAAGCCGGGCGAUGGCAGGUCACCGAUUGGAAGACUACUUCUAUACAAGGAGCAUGUGGAGUGGAGGGAUAAUGCUGGACCUGAAGUCCUCUUUGUGAAGUUCAUGCAGAUCAAAGGUCAACGCGUUUCACCCCCUAACAAGUCGAAGGUUCAGUUACAACUGGUGCUUCAAAAUGAUGAACAGGCGACUUUUGUGUUUCUGAAUCCAACGUUGAACAAAGACGAACUGGUUAAGGAGCGUGAUCUUCUAAAGGAGACCCUACAGCAAGCCCUAAUAGCUCAUCGACAGAGAGUUAAUCAGUUAGCAGCUGCAAAUGAACAGGAUGUCAAACAAACCGAGCUUCGAGAGAAACAGCGCAUACUUGGAGAAAACAAGCAUCUGGACCAAUUGUAUACUCACCUCGUGGCGUCGAAAUUAAUUAGUGCUCAAGAAUUUUGGACCGACUACUUUAGCUCUUCCGGUGUCAUGGAGGAUAAAACGGGUGUUAGUGGUGCAUUCCUGUCGAAUAUAGUGCAGCAGGAAGGCACGAAUGGUAUUAAGCUCAAUUUGAAUACAGAGAUUAUCCAGGCCGUAUUCAAGACUUAUCCAGCAGUAGAGAAGAAACAUCUGGAACUUGUUCCGCACGAGAUGACUGAGGCGCAGUUUUGGACAAAAUUUUUCCAGUCGCAUUAUUUUCACCGUGAAAGGGAGGUUUUGCCCAACCCCAGUGAUCCAUUUUCUGACUGCGUUCGACUGGAUGAAGCAGAAAUGGAAAGAAUUCAGCAUAGUGGGAUAUCUCGUAAACGGUUUGACCUAGAACAUCUUGACGACAAUAUUUUGACUACUGAUUUUAUCGUUAAGAAACCAGAUCCAAUAAAAGCACGGCAAAAGAACACUCUUGUUCGGCGUUGUAAUUAUUUGUCGGAGAAAAUUCUUAUGGCUUUGAAACCCGUGCCAAGUACGGAUACGGCCAAUGACGUGCCAAAGUCAACGGGCUUUGCUGUCCUAAAUAGGUUAAUCGAAGAAGACGAAGGCAGGUUGGAGUCGAAUGAACUGAUUGAGGAAAGUGGGAAGGAAGAUUGCCAAAUCCUUAAUAUCAUUGCCAAUAGUCGAGGAGUUGACGUAGGCUUCCUUGCGUAUUUUCUCUGUUUCAUAAUUUUCUUUAUAGCUUAUAGGAUUCUGAUAACUUGA